ACACACAGAAUAUUGCAUGCUUGUCACUUGUCAGCCCAACUCUCAUAUACUUUUAAUCAGUCUAUUGAAACAAUCUUGGUGCCAAGGAAAAUUUCAGACCAAAAAAUAUGCAAGAAACAUUGAAACGCAGAGAAGAAGAUCAUCAGAAAGAAGAGGCAGAAUUGGGCAUAUGGGAUUGUGGCAGCCCCUUAUAUGACUCCCAUGAAUUGGUCACAGUCAGUCAUCUGAUCGAACGGCAUCUAAUGGCAUUGCCAUCUCUAGGAGGAUCAAGGCGGUUCAUCACCAAUCUCUCUCAUCAUCCAUCAUCAGAGAUGGCCUCCUUGAGUGCCACUACCAUAUCAUCAAGGGAGGGCAAAGGGUCAUCUUCUUCUUCCACGGUGGGUGGCUUGAGUGAAUUUAUGGGGAUUGGGAAGAUUUGGAAGUGGAGGGUUGUGUUUGGAGGAAGAAAAGACAAGGCCAAGAAAAUGAAAACAGGGUUGUCUGGCUUUUGCAAUUUGAUUGAUCUAUGGAGGCAAAAGGAUGACAGGUGAAGUUCCAGUGUUUGAAAAGCACAAGUUUAUAUAUACAUACAUGUAUAUUUUAUUUUCCUCAGCCUUGCUUUCUUCAUUUGCAUCGAUGAAUGAAGAUGCCAAAAG